AUGCCCUCGCUUAUCACGUCUUGGCAGUCGUGCUCAGUGGUGGGCCGUAAUGUCCAGACCCUGAACAUGCUCAACAGGGAUAUUAUAGAUUACACGAGACAGAGACAGGCGAGGGGAUGGCUCACCUCCCUGGACCAGGCACAGGCAUUUGAUAGGGUAGAGCAUAAGUUUAUAUUCGCCACCCUGCUGGCGUCUCCACUAACAAGUCUUCACGGCAUCGCCGUGGUAGAUAGCGUGUGCAUACUAGGGAUCAGCUACAGGGCCAGUGGUGCGACCAGAGAGAGCUGGGAGGAGGAGGUGAAGGCGCUAAAACAGCAGAUCACCAGGGCCCUAGAGUUUAACUUCCCGUAUUAUGUACGCCGGUACUUGCUCAUGGGCGUCUUUACAGGUCGCCGCUGGUUCUUGUCCAAUUCAUUAGUUAUGCCCUAUCAGGUUGCACGUAAGGUAAAGUCUCACUUCAUAAAGUUUUUCUGGAACUCAAAGACCCCUCUGGUCAAAUACGAACAGUUAGGCUUGCCUCGCGAGAGGGGCAGGUGGAAUAUCCCUUCGGCCGUCGUCUUGGCAGACACAUACGCUCUGAAAACGACCCUCAGGGUUUUGCAGUCACCUGAGGCGCACCCCGCCAGGAAACUGGCGACGUACUUCCUAGGAGUCCAGAGCCGUCUGUUUUUACAGACGCAGCCACCGGGGCCGAAGGCGAUAAACCCGACGCCCUUCUACAGGCAUGUGAUCGGAAUAUACAAGCGCAUUGCCCAACUGAACCUGGACACUCCUCUCCUGGAGUGCCGAAAUACAGAACUAGCACAAGAGUUAUUGGUAAACUCUGGUUGCGAGGCUAAGAACCCAGGGUUUCCGUGGGUCUUGUUGACCCCUAGCUGGCUGCCUGGCAGCAUUCAGGAUGUGGUGUGGCGUUUCGGGUGGUCCGUCUUGCCUACGGCGGACCGGAUGUACAAGUGGCAUCACGUUCGUUCGGAGCAGUGCGUGCACUGCCAUAAACACGAAGAUAACAAACACGCGUUGAUAGCCUGCCGCGUGGCCAAGGUUUUCUGGUCCCUCGUGGACAAGGCGUACCACCCGUUGGGUAUAGAAAGGCAGGCUGCUACAUUAUCACGCAUGCUUUGGGAGGGCGGGGCGCUCGACCCGACUUCCAGCAAGGCCGAGUGGGAUGCGCUUCUGCGCAGCCCAAACAUACAAGAGCAAAUCCUGGCCGUCCAGUACGCCCGCGAGAGGGCCGUUAGGCUACACCUGCCUUUGCCCACGUGGGAGUAG